ACCAGGUCCAGUGACAAUUGGAUGAUGCAGCCUUGAUAAUCAUCAGAUUCCAGAAUGGGUGGCUGCACUUCUUUUCUGAAGGCAGCCAGGACACGGUGCCCCAGAAUCAUGCCCCUUUUGCUGUUGAUUUGCGGCUUCAUUUUUUUAGUGAACGUCCUGGGAGGAGCCCCAGGACACAACCAGGACCGCAGGAAGAUGGUAUCAAUACACAGUCUCUCAGAGCUGGAGCGUCAGAAGCUGCAAGAGACUGCUUACCAAGAACUCGUGGCUAGACAGUUUCUCUCUGAAUUCAAGCCUAACCGAGAUCUCUCUGUUGACAGCCCAAACACCUUGGAGAACAGGUUUCUGAUUCCAAGAGGACAACAGAGGGGCUCCUCAGCUGCAUCACUCAAGACUUUUGGCGUUAGUCUGGAAGAGGUGCUGGUGAAUGAGUUCACCCGCAGCAAGCAACUUGAAUUAAGAGCCGCGAUGCAGAUUGAAGAAGCUACCAGUCAGGCUGCAGGCCGUCGCCGUCGUCGGGGAAACCUGGUGCAAAGGAUGCAAAGGGUGAUUGGCCGCAUCAGGCGCCUUUUCAACCGAAGACGGGAGGAGCCCUCCUUGCCCCGAGAGUUCACUCGCCGUGGGCGUCGAGGUGCCAUAUGUGUGGAUAGCCUGGCUGAACUGGAGGAUGGGGCCAUGCUGCUGAAGACCCUGCAACUUUCCAAAAUUUCCUUUCCAAUUGGCCGUCGACUUCUGGGAUCCAAAAGGAAAAUGAGCCUCAAUCCAAUUGCUAAGCAAAUCCCUCGUGUUGUUGAGGCAUGCUGCAGCUUCCUUGAGAAACAUGGCUUAAACACGGUGGGGCUUUUCACCAUGGAAUACUCAGAGGAGAGAGUGAGUAAGCUCCGUGAAGCAUUUGAUCAAGGUCUGGAUGUGGUGUUUGAUGAGAAUCAGAAUGUGCAUGAUGUUGCCGCACUUCUCAAGGAGUUUUUCCGUGACAUGAAGGACUCUCUGCUGCCAGAUGAUCUAUACAUGUCCUUCCUCCUGACAGCAGCUCUGAAGCCACAAGAUCAGCUUUCUGCCCUGCAAUUACUGGUGUACCUGAUGCCACCAUGCCACAGUGACACCCUGGAGCGUCUGCUGAAGGCCCUGCAUAAAAUCACCGAGUACUGCGAGGACUCUAUUGGCGUUGAUGGACAGUUGGUUUUUGGCAACCGUAUGACUUCCACCAACUUGGCCUUGGUGUUCGGAACGGCUCUCCUGAAGAAAGGGAAAUUUGGCUUCAGGGAAUCCAGGAAAACAAAUCUGGGGAUUGACCACUAUGUUGCUUCUGUCAAUGUGGUCCGUGCUAUGAUUGAUAACUGGGAUGUCCUCUUCCAGGUGCCACCACAUAUUCAGAGGCAGGUUUCGAAGCGUGUGUGGACAUCCAGUCCUGAAGCCCUUGAUUUUAUCAGACGCAGGAAUCUGAGGCGGAUCCAGAGUGAACGUAUUAAGAUGGAGGAGGAUGCUUUACUUUCUGAUCCUGUGGAAACCUCUGCUGAAGCCCGGGCUGCUGUCCUUGCUCAAAGCCAGCCCUUUGAUGAAGGUCAGUUCCCUGCUAGAGAUCAGACCCUUGGUGAAGGUUCCUCUGAGGAGCCAGCUGUGCUUCCCGGCACUGCCAGUUCCUAUGACGAUGAGGAAGGAGCGGACAACCUCCCCAUUCUGGAGCAAGACGGCCCAUUGUUCCGUGUGCCCCGGGAGGAGGAGGCCAAAGCUGGCAUCGGCUAUUACUAUCCUUAGAUGUUUUUUCUUCUAUAAGGUGCCGGACAGGGGAAAAGGGUGGGAGAUGUUAUAGGAAAACAUUUAGAGUGUGUCUUGAAGGUAAAGAUCUGAGGAUGAGGAGUUCCACCUGAUGCUCGGGUUCAGGUUGAGAAGUCCAAAUACACUGCCAGCCCUUUCACUGGGGAUGCUUGGUCCCUUCAAAUGGUAAAAGCAGACAUGUUUAGGUGUCAUGCCCAGGCUCCCUGGUGCUACCUUGCCUUUCUCUUUUACCCCUGAUCCUGGCUUUCCCCCAUUACAGCCUUUUCUUUCAUUGAUGUGACAUUUGUGGUAAAUGCCUGUUUCAGAGAAGCUCACAAAUCUCGAGGUGCUUUCCCUUCCCCAAAGGAGAUUGCAUGUUUUUCCUGACUUUCCUACCCUACUCCCAAGAGCUUAAUUGGAAAGGCCCUCAAGAGGCAUGCUAGUAUGUUAGGUCAGCCUACUGACAGCUGACAAACAAUUAAUGCGAAAUCAUGUCACACCAACUCAUAGCCGUGUCCCCGCAGCAACUCCACCACCUCAGGAUAUUUCUUUUUCCCAAAUUAUUUAGACCAAUGGCUCGUCAAACAGCCACUCCCAAAAUUAUGUGCAGUUUUGCUCAGGGCUAUCUCAAGUAUAAGUCUAGCUAGCCUUUCUUUGGUCAAAAGUUAGAGGAAAAAUUUGAUUUUACCUUAAUUUGUUUUACAGUCAGCUGGCAUUCACACCCUGUCAGCAAAAACGGUUAGAUAUGGACAUAGUUCCAACAAGUCAAACUCACCAGAUUACAAAUAUUCUUACCUAACAUCUCCGUAGUUCCUCUACACAGGACAGUACAAAUUUGGGGGACAUGCUUUGGUAAUACACAGAUAUGGGUUACGUAUGACAUCCAAAAUUAUACCUGAUAUUGAGGGAUAACAACUGCUAAGAUUCAUAGAAUGAAGAAUGUAUUGUAUUGAGGGAUAGAAAUGGAUCACAUAUUGGGUAACAACCACAGAACUCGAUGAUUUGUGAUUGUUAAAACUUCUCUGACAUUUAAUCAUUAAUAAACAUCUGUGUUGUGAAAGCAGC